UUUCUGGUGCAAUUUCGAAUCGGAUACGCACUCUUUUGAUCCACCAUCAAAACGGAAAAAAUUCCCUUUCGCAGCAUCAAUUAUACAUAAAUAUAUAUUUCUCCUCAAGGGAGCAAAAUACUCAGCACUAGCAGUAUACUGGCUGCAACAAUGGCUUCGAAAACCGCAGUUAUAUCAUGGGGUUCUGGUGAAGAUGGGCAGUUAGGACUAGGAAACAAUGAAGAGAGAGAACGGGUUUGCACCAUUACAUCUCUUUUGUCAAAUGAGGUUAGCUCCGUCGUCGCCGGUAGCCGCAACUCUCUUGCAAUUUGUGCAGACGGCAAGUUAUUUACUUGGGGUUGGAAUCAAAGAGGGACACUGGGGCACCCACCGGAAACGAAAACUGAGAAUAUUCCUAGUCAAGUGAAGGCGCUUGCUAAUGUGAAAAUUGUACAGGCGGCAAUUGGUGGAUGGCAUUGCUUGGCUGUUGAUGAUCAAGGCCAAGCUUAUGCUUGGGGUGGAAAUGAGUAUGGGCAGUGUGGUGAAGAACCUGAGCGUAAAGCUGACACGGGUAAACCUGUUAGGAGGGAUAUUGUCAUACCACAAAGAUGUGUGCCAAAAUUAUCAGUUCGGCAGGUGAUACCCUGCAUGGUUUUCCAGGUAGAUAUUGCUGCUGGAGGAUGGCAUUCUACUGCAUUGACAGAUGAUGGAGAGGUAUAUGGUUGGGGCAGAGGGGAGCAUGGGAGACUUGGAUUUGGAGAUGAUAAGAGCAGCAAAAUGGUUCCUCAAACGGUUCAACUUCUAGCUGGGGAAGAUAUCGUGCAGGUGUCUUGUGGGGGUACUCACUCUGUCGCAUUAACAAAGGAUGGUCGCAUGUUUUCAUUUGGGCGUGGAGACCAUGGACGUUUAGGAUAUGGGCGUAAAGUUACUACUGGUCAUCCAGCAGAAGUUCCCAUAAACUUACCACCUCCCGUAGAUCUCAGCGGCAACGAAACGGAAGGACGUUGGUGUGCUAAACUUGUUGCUUGUGGUGGCCGCCAUACGCUGGCAAUUGUAGAAUGGAGGGCUAAUGAAUCCGAAUCAUUGCUGUGAAGAUCUCCCGUUCUGCGUAAGUGAAAAUUUUGAGAUGAGAAAUAAUAUUUAAGGCAGGAAAAAAAAAUGGAACUUGAGAGGGAUGAUAAAACUAUUUGAAUACUUUGUUUUGCAUCAACGACAAUGCAAUAGACCAUAUUUUACUCUUUUGCAUU